CCGGUCCCGGCGGCGGGCUUCCGGUCCGGCUGGGAGCUGGCGGGGCUCGGGCGCGGCGGCGGCAUGUCUGAGGAGCGCGCGGCGCCGGCGAGCGCCGUGUCCCUCGGGGAGGUGAGGAGCUGGCCGGAGGCGCUGUGCCGCCGGGAGCUGCCCUCCGUCCUGCCCCAGCUGCUGUCUAUGUAUCAGCAUUCUGACAACUGGAUGGAGCAUAUUCAAAUUCUGAAAGUUAUUGUGGAAAUGUUUUUACCUCAUAUGAACCACCUGACACUGGAAGACACUUUGUUCUCACAAGUGCUGCCAAAGACUGUGGAAUUAUUUGAUGACAUGAUGUGUGAAUUAACCAGUCAAGCUAGAGGAUUAUCAAGCCAAAACGUAGAAAUCCAGACCACUCUAAGGAAUAUUUUACAAACAAUGGUGCAGCUACUAGGAGCUCUUUCAGGAUGCGUUCAGCAUGUUUGUGCCACCCAGGAAUCCAUCGUUCUGGAGAGUAUCAAUAGUCUGCCCUCCUCAGUCCUUCAUGUAAUCAAAAGUACAUUUGUACAUUGUAAGAAUAGUGAAUCUGUCUAUUCUGGACAUUUACACCUCGUUUCAGACCUCCUCCAAGCUCUCUUCAAGGAGGCCUAUUCUCUCCAAAAGCAGCUGAUGGAGCUGCUGGAUAUGGUCUGCGUGGGCCCUUCAGGAGACGAGAGCGGCGGCACUCUGAGUACGGCGGCAGGUGGGUCCGAGGACUUGCUCUUUGUUAUUCAUUCAUUGUUGGAUAUCUGCUCUGUCAUUUCCAGUAUGGACCAUGCGUUUCAUGCCAAUACUUGGAAAUUUAUAAUUAAGCAGAGCAUUAAGCACCAGGCAAUGAUAAAGAGUCAGCUAAAACACAGCGCCGUGGUCAGCGGCUUGUGUGAAGACACUCUUCUCUCCUUCCACUCCUGUGUGCAGCUGGCCGAGCAGACGGCAGAGUCAGGUGCACAGGAUACUGUUGAUUACAGAUUAUUUCAGAAAACGCUCAAAUUGUGUCGCUUCUUUGCCAACUCCCUUUUGCACUAUACUAAGGAAUUUCUUCCUUUCCUUUCUGAUUCCUGCUGUGCGUUGCACCAGCUUUAUCUCCAGAUACACAGCAAGCUCCCUCCAAGCCUGUAUGCUGCCGGGAUUCCGGAUCCCCAGCAGGAAGAAAUAGCAGCUGCUUUCCUGGUGACGCUGGACCUGCUUAUCAGUCAGCUCCUCACAUUCCAACCUUUUGUGCAAGUGGUUUUGGACAGUAAAUUAGAGCUCCCAUGUGAACUGCAGCUUCCACAGUGUCUUCUGCUGGUUGUCAUCCUGGAGAAGCUGCCCUCCCAGCCGGAGGGUGUGCAGGCCCUGUGGUGCACCGAAGGCCAGAGCUCAGGAGCCUCAGCCAGGCUCUCCCUCCUUGGCGCUGUUUUCUUCAGUUUCGAGCAGUGUUCUGCUGAGCUCUCCCUGCCCGUCCGUCUCCAGGGAGCGCAGGGCCGGGGGCGAGCCGCGGCUGCUGUCACCCUCUAUCAGCACGUUUGUGUUCGUCUGUGCGCCUUCAUUGCUUCCGUCCACCCCUCCCUGUUCCCUCAGCUGGACACUGCCCUGCUGGACGCGGUGCUCAGCGCGCACAUGAUCACCUCUCUGCUUGCCGUGGACGCCUGGUGCUUUCUCGCCCGGUACGGGACGGCGGAGCUCUGUGCCCACCACGUCACCGUAGUGGCUCACCUGAUUAAGUCUUGCCCGGGAGAGUGUCACCAGCUCACCAGCCUGUCGGUGCUCUUGAGGCGGCUCCUCUUCCUCAUGGCCCCCCCGCAGCAGGUGGAGUUUCUCCGGAACUUCUCCCCCAGAGUGGCAGCAAAUCUGCUUCUGUGGCAGUGUGUCUCCUUCCAGGCGUUUCCCGCUGAGCUCAGGGAACAGGCUGCGCUCGAGGUCUGCAGAGCGGGUGCCGACCAGGGCCGGGAGUGGCUGAGCGGCCCCCGCCGUCUGGGAGAGCUUGCGGGUCUGAACACGCUGCUGUCCGCCUUGCUUGCUGUGUGCGCCUCUGCCGGUGAUGCUCUGGACAGCGCGCAGCGUGCCGCAGUGGUGGACGUCGGGAGUCGGCUCUGGGCGCUUCUAGACGUCACACUGGUGAGAGCAGCGAGUUGUCUCCCAGAACAGGUAACAAGUCAACCUUCCGUUCAGCAAACACUCAGCCUUCUGUGUCCACUGCUGGGAUUUUUCAUUCAAACUCUAGAUCCUCAGCUGAUCAGCCAGCCGGACUGGAGCGGCAGGGUCACAGCCGGGGGAUCCUUGGAGUGCUGCCUGGAGGUGCCCCGGUUUUGGAGGCUUAAAGCUGAUGGAGAGAGAAAAUUGGAAAAGGCCUUCAUCUCAUCUGAAGCAAUUUAACAGCUUUGAGCGGGUCCAUACUGGACAGAAUUGAUCGCCAAAUUCAAAGUGGUUUAAGCUUAGUUGUGUAAGAAACAAAACGGUCACGAGGUGAACUGAGCGCGCCCUGCUUGGGUGGGAGGGGGACGCCCGCACAGGGUUCUGUGCUGGUGGGAAGAGGCUCGAGGGACGCCUGGGUUCAGUGACCCUGGGGAGGAGGCGGGUGCGUGAAGAUCUCAGCAGUGCCAGAUUUACAAAUGAGGUGCAUUUUGUUACCACAGGUUGUGAUACGGAUGACUUAAUCACAAAUGAUGAGUACAGUAAAUUGACUAAAAUUUUGAUUCUGAAGGUUCUAAUAUUUUUUUGAAAAAUAAAAUAUGGGUAAUUUUUAUGUGAUCGUACCCACCUUUAAAAAACCCAAAUGUAAAAUUUCAAGUAAGUGAAUUGUUUAUUUAGGCAUUGCUUCCUUUAUGGAAGAUUCAGUGGUUGGCAAACUGCCCUCCUGUUUUCAGCACGAGAGCAAAGGGUGAUUUUUACAUUUUUAAAGACUUAUAAAAACAGAACAAUGUGUGGCAGGGAGCGUGUUGCCUGCAAAGCCUGAAGUAUUUGCCAUCCGGCCCCCGACAGAAAAGUCUGACAGCCCAUGCUUUAAAUAGUGAACUUCUCUCACUAGAUUUUAAACCGCAACGUAACUCCUAAAGACUUGGAAGAAGAGCACCUGGUAUAGUUUUUAGGAACCUCCUUCCCCUAAUCCGUACUUGGCCCGUUGCCCGAACACUGUGAGAACUGACCGGGUCAUCUGGUUGUUCUGCUCAGAUUCCGCUUGGGAGGUUCGGGUUCUGCUCGCCCUCCCCUGUCCCCGCCCCCAUCCGAGCCUUAGUUCGUGGCUCUGCCAAGCGUGAGUGCUCAGUGCUGACUGUCCCCCGCCCCCGCCCCCAGGGGGUCGCCUUGCAGGCCUCUCUGCUGCAGCGGGAGCCCCCCGACCACGUCUGCUUGGCGGUGCUGGAGUUCGUGGCUUCUCUGGGGAGACUCUUCAUGC